CGAGGAUGCAACUCGGGCACUUAAUGCCCGAUUGUUGGACCUGGAACAGGCUGUACCAGGACCAACUGCUGGGGCUUCCAGCAGUGCACCCUCUAGCCGCCAACUGGAGGAACGCGUUGACCAGAUCCUGGCAAUGCUCGGCGACAUUAACACCUUCGCUGCGCCGUCCACCAUCAGCACUCAGCUGCAUACCUUGAAGACCGAGGUCCAACAGCUGCAGUCGACGAACGCAGAUGGCAAUCAGAAGAUGCCAACUUUCCAACUGGAAAAGUUCGACGACUACACGCAGCAGGAUCUGACCCUCUGGUGGGAGGCAUUCACGACGCAACUCAGGAUUCUGACUGUCGCUAAGCACAAGUACAUCGGCGCCCUGUUCCUGAACUCAAAGGGCAGAUGCCAGACCUGGUUGACCCACCUGGCAACCUCCCACGGCGUCAACGUACCGAACCUCAAGGACAAGAUCACAUGGGAAGAACUGACACGGCUGUGGAAGAAGCGGUUCAUCGUCGACGACGCGCCAACACUCGCCAUCAACCGACUGUUCACCAUGUCACAGGGCAACACAACAACACGGGACUGGCUCACGGAGUCCUGUGCUGCAUUGAGCCAGGCUCUUGGUGAUCGCGAGCAGUACUCAACCUUUGCUGAGAUUAUUGACAAAGCAAGGGAGAUCAUCAAGACCAACAGGUCAGCUGCACACGAGAAAUCAACAUCAUGGCAGCCGACCUAUGUGGAGAAGGUACGAACUGGUCCGCGACAGCAGCACUUCGCUGCAGUGCAGCAGGACAGUGGAGAUAACCCAGCAACCACUCCAGCAUCAAGUAACGGAGAUCAGGUGGCCGCUGUCCAGCCUCGAAGCACCAACAAGUCCCGCAACAAUGGGAAGGCGAAAUCCGCAUYGCAGGCCGGAAAUGGACAGCCAGGACAGUUUCCAUGGGUCAAGUUUGGCUUGACCGAGGCGGAGUACAAGGAGUCCGGCACAACAAUGAAACCAAGUUCGGCUCGACAUCCUCAGACAGACGGGCAGACGGAGCGGGCACAUCAAACCGCUCAAAUGAUGCUUCGUACGCUCAUCCGUCCGGACCAGAAAGAUUGGGUUGACCGCCUACCCGACAUCGAGUUCGCCUACAACACUUCGGUGCAUCCGGCGAUCGGCGUGACUCCAUUCGAGUUGCACCACGGUGGACGGACAGGCCGGAUCUUCGCAGACCUUCUCCUCCCUCGACCAGCCGACAUCGACGCUGCCUGCUCUCCCGCUUCCGUCCGGAAGUACAGGGAAUUGCUGACUCAAGCCCGCGCAAAUAUGCAAAAGGCUCAAGUCCGCAUGCAGCAGCAAGCCAACAAGCGUCGCGUACCAUGUCCCAUCCGCGCCGGUGAUCUGGUUUGGGUCGCCGCGGAAGAGUUUGCACUGGAACAGGAUGUUUCACGCAAACUGYUUCCCAAGUGGUUUGGACCUUGGUCUGUGACAGCAGCCGCGGGCGAUGAGCCCGAUGGCCCUUCAUUUGUCAUCAACAUUCCAAAGCAUCUGACGGUCCAUCCGGUCUUCCACGCCUCGAAGCUGGCAACAUACACGCCAGCCAAGAGCGACGACUUUCCGGACCGACGAUCGCAGGAUCCUCCUUCUAUGGAUGGCCAUCAGGAAGUUGACUGCGUCAUCUCCAAUCGCAAGUACGGCAGCAAGCCGCGGCAGUACAAAGUCACAUUCAAAGCAUGUGAUCGCGACGACACUCAGUGGAUUUCAGGCGCAGAUUUGAAAGCAUCCGCACCGCUGAUCUACGCGCAUUAUGAAAAGCGCAGGUUAGCUCAGGAAGCUUCACGACCAGCCCCUCCCACCCGGACUGUGGUCCCUCCCUCAGACAGACAGGUUCGCCCUCGCAGGUAAGCUC